CUCGUUGUGGCGACGGCCAGCCGAGGACGCAGGAGACAGGUGGGGAGUGCCUGCGCCGGCGUGCGCCAGCGUUUAGAGGGCGCUCCGCGCGCUGUAGUGCGUGCUUCCCGCCAUUCAGCAAGGCAGCAGGACGGACGACCGGGAACUGACGCGCCACUGGGGCUGCCACCGCAGCGGCAUGUCUCGAAUCCAAAAAUACCUCGCCGCCUCGGUCGGUCCUAGCGCUGGUAUUUAUGGAUCCCUUCUGCGAAGGCUUACUGCGCCCACAGAGCCCCGGGCUGCCUCGCUUUUCUUCCCGGGCUGCAUGCACGCGAAAUGCGGCUGGCUUUCUCUUAGCCGCAGCGGCGGCAUGCUCCGGUCCUCGGCAAUGGGCUCCGUCGCGGUGCUGCAGCUUCCAGCACGUGAUCGUCGAUCGUCGUCGGCCGUAUUAUGAUGUGAACGUGACGCGGCGGAACAAUGAGUGCCGGGGAGUGUCCCGGAUUCGUGCCCCACUUCGCCAAGGCCUCGAGGUGCAAGCGCUGCUUCCGCGAUGUCUCCGAGCAUGGCAAGCCAACCGCAGCGGCCCCCGCAACUGCCGCCAAAACGACGACGAACGAACGUCAGCCGGGGAAGCUUCCCGGCCAGAACCGCAGGGACAGCUGUCCAAGCCCCCAAAAUACACGUGUUGCUGCCGGCUCGUCGCCUUCGCCGGCGAGCCCCGCGCCAGCUGCUGGACAGCCGAAGGCCGCCAAGUCGCCCACAGCGGCAACCGCUGCGAACGCCACGCAAGAAGAAGAGGCGAAGGCUGUCGUGAGGCGCAGACGGACCGCGGAAGACAGUGAGGACGCCGAGGAAGAAGUCACCAGCGUCAAGCUCAGGAGGCGCCGUCCGCACUCCGCCGAGAUCGGCGACGAGACGGCAACGAACGGCCGCUCUCGGAGCUCCGCCGAUUCGUCGCGGCUGCAAGUGAGCAAAAGCGACUCGGAGUCUCAGAGCAGCGAUACCGAAACGCAGCAGCAGCAGCAGCAGCAGCAGCCGCAGAAGCGACGCCCUUCUUCGUACGGCGCGAAAGAACGCAGGCGAAGUCAGCGCAUCAAGAUCGUGGAGGCGCAAGAAGUGGAGAAGGGCCCGUCUCCCUCGUUGCCCUCGGACUCCGCAACGGUCGCGUCGCCGUCGGCGGACGUGGAGUUCAUCCUGAAGGUGAAGACCACCGCCAGUCAGCAAAAGGAGGAACGCGAUGACGACGACGAUGAUGGGAGCUUGGCGCUUACGGAGACGACCGAAACUACAGACACCACGCUGGCAUACUACGACAGUUACGAAGACAUGGAGAACACCGUGGCCAAACUCAAGAGCCAGCUCGCGGCGGCCGAAGACAAGGUCCAGAGGCUCGAGAAGGAGAAGCUCGAGAUGCAGAAGAGGCGGUCGGAGGUGACCGAUACCGACAAGAAGACGCUCGAGAAAACGGCAUCCGAGAUAUUGAAGCUGAGGUCUAAGAUCAACGAGCUCGAGACCAUUAACGAAGAACUAAAAGACGACAAUAAGUGUCUCAAGCUUGAGGUGAAGGAACUUCAGCAGGAAGUGGACAAGCGGGACUUGGAGGAAGACGUUAAGAAGGAGGCCGAAGCGUUGAAAGUGAAACUUCAGCAGGCCGAGACGCUGUGUGAAGAGCUGAUGGAAGAGAACGAAGAGAUCAAGAAAGAGGUGCAGGACCUCGAAGAGCAGCUCGAAGAACUGCAGGAUUCGUACCGCGAAGACCAGCAGAGCGAAUACCAGGACCUGAAGAAGGAACUCGAAUCGACGUCGAAAAACUGCCGCGUGUUGCAGUUCAAGCUGCGCAAAGCAGAGAGGCGCUGCGAACAGUUGGAACUCGAGAAGGGACAGCUGGACGACAAGGUGUCGGAGCUCCAGAAGACAGCGCAAAUCGAAGUCGACAAGACGAGAAUGAAAGUGCUUGAAGACGAGCUCCACGUUGCGAACGAGCUCUCUGUUAAGCUUGCCACGGAACUGGAAGUGUUCAAGGAUGCGAAAACUAAGCUCGAAAUGGACAAUGCCGCUCUCAAGAAACAAAUGAGCAGCGGGGCCAAAGGUGUUACUGUGAGCCAAGCUUCGAAGAGCAAGGAGGCCGUGAUGGGCAAGGACUACGAGACGAUGUGCAAGGACCUGUACGACUCGAUGGAACGCGAGACCGACCUGCGGGAACAACUGCGGUUCGCCGAGGAGGAGAACAAGACGAUGCGGCGCAAGCUGAACAACAUCGAGCAGGAGAACGAGACGCUGAUGCUGCAGAUCCGCAAGCUGAGCGGCAAGCGCGACAGCCUGCCGGACAACAGCGACAGCGACGAGGAGGUGUCGCUCGAGGAGCUGCGCAUGCAGUACGAGCUGCAGGAGCAGGAGACGAGCGUGCUGCGACGCAAGGUCGAGGAGAAGGAGCAGCAGAUCGAGGGCCUCGAGAAGGAGGUCAAGUACCUUCAGGAGAAGCUGGUGAGCCAACCGUUCACAAAGGUGGAGCUGCCGGCGCCCCCGAAGAACGAGGCAGACGUGGACGUGUACCACCGACAGAAAGCCAAGCUCCUGGAGUACGAGGCUCGGGAGCUGCGUCAGAAGCUGAUAGAGAAGGAGCGGGAGAACGAGAGGCUGCAGACGGAGAUCGAGGUGCACCGGCGGAAGGCCUCUAAGGUCAUCGUGCGCAGCCGGUCGCUGGACAGUGAACUACAGGUGGACCUGAAGCGGCAACUGCAGCUGGUGGAGCAGGAGGCCAACAUUCUUCGUCAGAAGGCGCAGGACCUGGAGACCGAGAACGACAAGCUCAUGGCCGAAAACAAGCGUUGCCAGCUGCGGCUGAGCAGGAAGCCGCCGCCUGGCCCCCAGGAACUGCUCCAGCUGGACAACAUGGAACUCAAGGAGAAGCUGGCCGACGCUGAGCGCAAGCUCAAAGUGCUCAAGGAAGAACUCGAGAAGGUCGCAGCAGGAGCCGCUCCGUCAGCCGUGGUGAUCCAGGAGUACGCGCCCAAGAAGGAAAAGCCGAGCGACAUCGAGAACGACCUGAUCGCCGGCCUGAAGAAGAAGGUUCGCGCCAAGGAGGAAGAGACGUCGGCCCUACAAACCAAGAUUGUCCAGCUGGAAGUGGAGAACAGCCGCGUGAACCGCGAGUUCAAAAAGCUCAAGGAUGCGCUCAACUACAAGAAGAGGGCGCCGCGAGCCGUCAGGGAGACAGCCACUCGUGGGGAGCUGAAGGACAUCAUCCGGGACCUGGAGGACGAGAUCAGUGAGCUGUAUGUCACGCUAAGGAGCAGGGAGGUGACGCAAGAAGGCAUGGCUGAAGAGGUCGAGUCGGCCAAGAAGGCGCUGGAGGAGGCGCAGCUCAAGGCCAAACAACAAGAAGCCAAGAUGGCGUCCGAGCUCGAGUGCCUGAAGCAAAAGGUGGACAAGCAGCAAGAAGAUGUGCAGAAGGAACGGAAGAAAGCAGACGCGUUCAAGAAGCAGCUCGAGAGCAUGAUGAAGGGCUCCGCGGGCGGCCCUGCCGUCGCCGCCGACGUCAUCGAGAAGGUCGCCUCGCUGCAGGUCUCGAAGAGAAACGCGGCUAAGAAGCAGAAGGAGCUCGAGCAGAAGCUCACCCAAGAGCAGAACAAAUACAAAGAGCUCGAGCAGCGAAUGGGCGUCAUGUCCAAGCUGAACGAGAGCCUCGCGGCUAGCGUCAAGCUGCUCGAGUCCAAGGGCAAAGAGCUAGAGGAAGAGCUUGAGAAGCGCAAGAAAGCUCUGCAGAGCGCAGAGACUCAGGCCAAGUUGCUCAAAGGGAAGCUAGAAUCUACAGAAAGUGGCUACACGCAGCUCAAGAAAGAAUGCAGCAAUCUCCGUGCUGAGUUGCAGGAAGCCAAAUCCAAGGAUGUCAAUGCGUCAACUACAUCGCCGGCUCAAGCCGGUAUCACGUGGACCAAAGAACGGGAGGAGUUGAAGCGAAAGCUGGAAGACAUGAGGCAAACGCUGGACGUUAUGACUCGGAAAGAGAUCGAGAAGGAGAAACAAUUCCAAGAAAAAGAAAAUAGGCUCAAGCAAGAGCACGAGAAAAAACUGGAGAAGAAACUGAAGGAGGUGCGUGAGUUUCUGCAGGCAGAAGUCAGGACCCUCCAAGAGGAGCACGCUUCCAUGAAGAACCGUCUCAACGAAACGAUUGACAAGUUUGAAAAGAAAGAGAACGAACUGAAGACGGUGUCGGACAAGCUUCGCCAGCUGAGCAACAGCCAGCGGCGCGAGAGAGAUGACUGGCAGCACAAGAUGGAGGACCUGGAGGAGAAGCUUCGCACAGAGCUGCGCAAGCGCGAGCGCAUGGAGCGUGAGCACGAGCUCGAGUCCAAGUCCAAGGCCGAGGACGUGCUCGCCGCCCAGAACAGGGUGGUCCAACUGGAGAGAGAGCACCGGCGUCUCGUCGCCAAACUGCAAGAGAUGGAACAAGAGCACGCCGAGCAGCGCAAGCAGAUGGAGAAGGAUGCGGCGAAGGAGCGCGAAGAGUACGACGACCUGACCACGCGCUACGAGGUGCUCGAGGAGGAGUUCCUCACCAUGAAGAACAACCUGACCCUCGAGAAAGGCCAGUUGGACGCCGCGCUCAAGCAGCUGCGCAAGGAGCACGAGCGCAUCAGCGCCGAGCUGCGCUCCGUCAAGGAGACGCUCAACGCCAGGCAGGAGCUGUACACCCGGGAGAAGACCGAGUUCCAGAAUUUGAUACGCGAAUUGGAGGCGAGGGUGACCCGCCUGAAAGACAUCGAGGCCGAGAGGAAUCGGAUGCGUUCCAAUCUGAACGAGAGAGACGCCAUCAUAGAAGAGCUGAAGAAAACGGACAGGUGUUUUCGAGAGGAGAAAGAAAAGCUUCGGAGAAAGAACGAAGAGCUGAUGAAGAGGGUGGCCGAGCUGGAGCGUUCCGAGAGGCACCUUCGCACGCUGACCGUGGGCGGCGCCAAGACGGACGCGCCGCAGCCGCCCAUGCCACCGCAGAAUCAGCAACUGUCUCAGCAACAGCAGCAGGAACUGCGCGCCCGGCUCGAGCACUCGGGCCACGUGCACAAGGCGGAGCAGGCGGCGCUCAGGGCCGACUUCGAGGGCCGCGUCAACUUCAUGGCGGCCGAGCUGCAGGCCCUGCAGGCCCAGGUGGCGUCGCUGGCACGCGAGAGGGACCAGUGCCGUGAGAAGCUGGACGAGGCCGCCCGAGAGAUGGAGCAGCUGCGCGCCAACUCGGCGCGCAAGGAGCGCUCCAGAGGAAAAGAGGCGUUCGAUUCGAUGCAGAAGAAAGCUGAGGAGCUGCGGGCGUAUGCUGACGACCUCAAGAACCAGUUGGAGGAGUCGCUGACGGACAACCGCAAGUUGCGUAUUCAGAUGGAAGCCGAUAAGAGUUCCUGGGAGAUACAACUCUCGAAUCUGAAAUCAAAACUUAAUCAGUACGAGGAACGCAACAUCCUGGAGGCCAGCAGAGGCUCGGCCAAGCUGUACGCCAAGACGCGGCUAGAACUCGCUUGGGAGAAGGAGCGAACCGACCUGCAGAAGGUGCUCGGUGACACGCAGGCGGCGCUGACCGACCUCAGACAGCGACUGCUCAGCGCCGAGGCGCAGCGCGAAGCCGAGCGAGAAACCGCGGAGAAAACCAUCCAGGAGCUGCGCAAGAAGGUCGAAUGGGGCCAGAACGACGUUUCCAAGGACAUCGUCGAGCUUCAGACCGAUCUGGAGGAGCUGAAGGACACGCACGGUCGGCUCAAGACCCAGUACGACCGGCUAAGGCGAGAGAAAGAACGGUUGGACAGGGAGCGCGAGGACCUCCGGCACCGGGCGGCGGCCACGCUGGACGUGCAGGCGCUCGUCACCGACCUGGUCGAGGACGUCAACAGGAUGGGCGACCUGGUCAAGCUCGAGGGCAUCUUCGCCGCCGACCAAGGGAAGGCCAAGGCAGCCCAGAGACCUCUGCGCACGGGCUCCACUCCCAAGGACGAUCUCGUCUCUCUGGUUCAGAAGGUUGCUCAAAGGACAGAGCGCCUGCGAGAAGUUUCCAAGCCUGUCAGGGAUGAGGACAUGAUCAGGCGCACCACAUCAUUCCGAAGGGCACUGUCGGCGACGGACAUGGCGAAUCAGGGCGGCCUGAUGCCCGGCAUGGCGCCCGUGAUCCGCGCCCCGCCGCGCACUCGCGGUGGCAUGCACUCGAAGACCAUGUCGCUGGGCCAGGGCAUGGCGGCGGCCGAUCUCAGGAUAUGGGGCUCCGGCGACAGCCUGGUGUACACCCCGUACGGCUCGCAGAACAGCCUCAGGGGAGGCCGCACGGGCUACGACUCGGACGCCUCGGUCGUCUCCGAGCCGCCCAGGCACUGGCGAUACAGCAGGCCCGCAGUGCGAGUUGAAUCAGAGAACGAAUCCAGCAAUCCAGGGAGCACGGAAGACGUCACAACAGCAACAAAGCACCGCAAGACGCUCAAGGAGCGCCUAAAGCUGCUGAAGAAGCCAUCAACUCACGAGCCAAAGCAGGACUCCGACAAAGAAGACAAGAGCGGCACCCUGAGGGCACGGCUGACCAAGCCGUUCCGCUCGAGAAGCAAGGAGAAGAUUGACACGCCAUCGCCGAGCGCGUCCGAAAGGAGGCCCGUGCUCGCGCAGCAGAAGCUCGAGCCGGUCCAGGAAAGGGCGCCCGUAGAGCGUUCAAACUCCCUAUCGGCCAAGAAGGACAAAGGGAGUAAAAAGUCGCUCCUGGGACGCCUCACUUCGAAGGAGAGCCCGGCCAAGACGACGACGACGACGGCGGAAUCGCCAAACUCCAAGCCGCCGGCAACGCCGGUCAGGAACCGCAAGGGCUCGUUCAACGAGACACCCGUCUAAGGAACGUCGCUUCUGCUGCUGCUGCCGCCGUUGUUAGUGCUGCUGUUCCCGCGGCACUGCGAAUGCGUCCACUAACGAAGAGAUGCCAAAGAACCGUUUUCCACAAUCUCGCUCCUGUAACGAACUUUUCCUAUUUUUGUGCCUACGGGAGGGAGAAAAAAAAAGAAGCAAAACGCUGGGCAUGUUUAUACACAGUUCCGUGAUUUUCAUACGUCAAUCAUUUUUGUGGUGUUCCCUGUAGUCAUUGUCCUUCUGCGUCCCCUUCGUACACAGUUUGUUGUUCUCGUAACUGCGGGGAAAAAAAUGAAAACAAUGGGUGUGAUCUGUUAUGAAAUAGAGCAUUUUUUCCCUUGUUC